UUUAAGGAUAUUUUGUGAAUUCGCACGAGAAGGUAACCGGGCAAACCACCCUGACCAUUUCUUCGAGUUCCAGGAUCAUACGAAGGCACUGAUCGGAGCAGUCCUGUUCUCUCCCUCAGUCUCAGGUGUGGAAACUGUUUGAUGAAAUGCCUGACCGAAAACAAGAGUUGAAGAUUCGUGAAUUGGGAGUUACUCUAGCUUGUUUUGAUUGAUAUCCCUUUUAGGUUUUGUGUUAGUUUCUGUACAAGCUGAAGCAGGAGGGUAGCCUAGAUGGAGAGGGAAGAGGAUGCAGUAAAGAAGGCUCAGGUGGUUGAAGCCCGGGCGAGAAACAUUAGUCACAAUGUCCGGUGCACUGAGUGCGGCAGUCAGUCCAUUGAAGACUCCCAAGCCGAUAUUGCAAUUCUUCUCCGGAAGGAACAGGAGGCAUCAACCCUUAUGUUGCACUCUUAUUCGUGUGUCGUGUUCUUGCAUAAUUUAUUUCCAGGGCAGUGGAUUAUUAUUCUGGGACCAAUAGACAUUUCAUUAAUUUUCAUCCCACUUGCAGUUAGGAAUAAGUUAAUUCGUGAUGAAAUUCGGUCUGGGAAAACUGAUAAAGAGGUCUACAAAAAGCUUGAGGAUGAUUUUGGGGAAACGGUGCUUUAUGCGCCAAAGUUUGAUUUGCAGACUGCUGCUUUGUGGCUAUCUCCGCUUCUUGUUGCUGGUGCAGCUGGAGGAAUAUGGGCUUACAACAAGCACAGGCAAAAGACUAAUGUACACAUCAUGGCUUUGAACCUUGUCAGAGGUGUUCCACUGACUCCAAAAGAGAAGGAAACCAUGCUCAAUCUCCUUACUCCUCCUGCAACUAGAACUAAUGCUUCAUCUUGGUGGAGGAAGUGGCUUGGUCAUGAAUAAAGUCAGUCCCCGACUGCUUUUACCUAAUUAUCUUUGACUCUGGUAGGAAUUAGGAAAUCCAGGAGUAAAUUAGAGGGAAAAUUAGCCGGCUGUAGUGGUUUGUCAUCUCUGCAAUUGGGAUUUGGUCCUAUAAUAAAGAAGUUUAAAGUUUCAUGUAAUUUUGUACGUAUGUGUUCAAAUUUAUGCUUAAAGACCAAAUAUGAAUGUGUCA